AUAGUAAACUUUUCGCAUUAGAGUGUACUGUGUAUAGAGUAGAAAACUUAACAGUCAUGGACGAAUCACAUAAGCCUGUAGAGAAGUUUUGGAACUUUAACAUUGAAACAGAUGUUCGUGUAAUGCAAGGUGCCCCAUGUGCUGCACCACCACCCACCCCAGAAAUUGAGCAUUACCGGGCAAAUGUAACAAAAAAACUGAGGGAAUUUUACCAAGAUCUAUGCAUGUCCAAAGAAGGCAUUGAUGCACCAAAUGAAUCUUUUAAUCGUUGGAUUAUGGAGAGAAAAGUUUAUGACAAAGGUCGUGACCCCAUGCUGCCAACUGCUUGUACUGAUGAAGUUUCACCGGCAAUGUUUCGUGAGAUAAUGUACGACAUUCCAAUUCGAUUAUCUAAAAUCAAAUCCCUAUCCGAUGCAAGAAAACAACUGUUUCAGUAUGCAGACGCUGCGAAAAAAAUGAUUGAAGCUAGACCUUUCACUGCUGAAGCCAGGAAACUGGUUAAAUGGCAUGUAGAAGAAACAUUUUCAUGGCUUAGAAAGGACCAAAAUGCACUUAUAGAUGAUUAUUUAAAUCGACUUGCUCAUUUACGCAGACAAUGUGGUGCAUAUUUAGCUGAAGCUGCAAAGUCCUCUGUGGAGGAUAUAUGCCGAACCAUGUACCAUAUGUCCCAAGAAUCAUCAAAGAAAAUACUUGAUAAACAUGUAGAAGUCCUGCAAUUACAUAAUAUUGAAAUCCCUGCAGCCCUCCCACCAAGUGGUAGGCUGGAGCUAAUUCGACCUAUAGUCAUGCCUUGCGAGACUCCAAAAGUAGCAGGUAUUACACAGGAGAUAAACAAACGCCAUGUGUGCCUCACCUAUAAUGGUGAGCUUGUAAGACUAAACUACCUCUACCUGGAAAAGUUAGAAGCCCUUUAUAGAAUCAGCUGCAAAGAUGAUCCAAAAAUGGAAUUAUUUUUGCAGCGAGUUUGGUGCUUGUUAAGAAGGUAUCAGACAUUUUUCGGCCCAAAUCAGUAUGAAGGUAUAAUGCUUCAGGGUGCACUACCGUCCACAGUCUUUGAGUGUCUUUAUAGCGUUUUUGGAGUGACUAUGGAAUGCUUUGCUUCACCACUGAACAGUUACUAUAAGAAUUAUUCAUCAGCUUUUGCGGAUACUGAUUGUUACUUUGGUUCAAGUGGACCACUCAUGAAGUUGUUUCCUGUUAGUGGCUCGUUUGAGGUUAAUCCUCCAUUUGCUGAAGAAUUAAUGGAAGCCAUGGUAGACCAUUUUGAAAAACUGUUAGCUCAAAGUAAUGAACCACUUUCAUUUAUCGUUUUUGUUCCAGAAUGGCGCGAUCCAACCCCUAUUGCCAUUCUGAGAAUGGAAACGAGUAAAUUUAAAAGGAAACAGGUCCUGGUUCCAGCUUUCGAGCACGAAUACCGAAGUGGGUUACAGCAUGUCGCCCCUUUAAAAGAAGUCUACCAUAAAGCAGUGCACGGGACUAUGGUUUUCUUUCUUCAAAAUGAAAGUGGUUUCCAAAAAUGGGGUCCUACCCAGGACAGACUGCGUAAAUUGCUCACUGCUUUUAGGCCAGAUGUGCGCAAGCAGAUAUACAGAACUACGGAAUAAUGUUAUUUACUUUUUGUGUGCCACUGUUUCGAAAAAACUGUAAAUUUGACUGAUUGCAACAUUCAUUUUUUGACCAUGUAUGCGUGAAAUACGUCUUUUCAAAACUUCAUUUAGGCUCAUUCAAAAUUGGUUUACGAAUACUGCUUUGUACUGUUGUUAAAGCUUACCUUAUUUGUUGCUAAUAAACUCUCUAUUUAUGCAGCUUUGAAAAGUCCCAAUAAAUUACAGAGCUUCUGUGUAAUGUAUUUUGUUUGUUUUGUGUGUAACACUAGCUUGUAAAAACUGGUUUCUAAAUAUUGCUGCCGGAUUCUAAUUAUGUGGUCCAAUGUAUUCAUAUCGAUAUGUAUCGUGCUGGUAUAAUAUAUUGCACUCAAAAUGUUCUGUCGGAUUUUUCUAAGUUUGGGAAAAUAUUUUAUAUUAAAAUAUCGCAGUAAUAUUCUAUUGCUUUUACCUUGCCUUGUAUCUCUAUUUAACAUGAACUUCUAAAAGUAUUUGUCUGUCUGAUCUCUGGCUCAACAUGUGUAUGUUAUGAGUUAUUUGUGUCUAAACUAGGCACCAUUUUACUGGCCUAUUGACUGAUGCAAAAUUGAACCAUAAAAGUAUUUUUUUGUUGUAAUGCAAAUCAAGUUGUUUGAAUAAUGAUUUUACACUUUGGUUUGUAUUAGUUCAUGUUUUCAAUGUGAAAGUAAUUCUGUGACAUGUACACAUCUA